AUGGAAAAGGACGGAAUCUUCGCGGACUUCGAUAAUCAAGUUACAUAUGAAGCCAGCCUCGAACGAGCGCGGAACGAAGAUACUCGGAACUUUGUCGUCGAGUUUGGUAAACUCGAGGCUAGCAUAGCAUUCGAUUUGAACGCAGACCAAGUGGAGGAGCUGCUGGACGAACCUUCCACGGAAGCCGAACGCGAACGACCUCCUGUGCGAUGGAUCAAUAUUUGGGGCCCAAACCGACAGACUGAUGUAAUCGAUGUUCUUGCAAAUCGAUAUGGUUUUUCUCCGAGGCUCCUGGCUAUUAUCAAAACCCUGCCGCCGAAUAUCUCGAGCAAAAAGGAUCACCGAAUCAGUUAUAAGGAGAAAUUGUUCGUAAAAGAUGAUAUUGAAACGGGUAGAGCAAGUAUGAAUGUUCCCAGAGCACAUGCAACUCAUCGUACGCCUCCAGGAACUGCAAGCCACUAUACCAUUGCUCAGCAAAUGAUCAACUACCAAUCCGUCGACGUCGGGGCACGUUUCAUGUGUAUUGGUGCGAACUGGAUGCAUGAUGUCGAUCCGCCGGCAAUGAGGGAAAAGGAUAACCCAAAGAUUCAAAGCUUGUUUAUAGACAGAGCUCAGUGUCGGCUUUGGUCAUGGCUUAUACUUUGCAAUGAUAAUACAGUCAUUGCUGUACAUGAAGAUACCAUACCAAUCAAGAAGACCAAGAAGGAUCUUAUAUCGAUGCGUGGGAAUACUCUGAGCGUUUUAAGCCAACUUUCCAAGUCGGGACAUGACACAGCCGACCCAAUAUCCAUGCAGACUGUUCGACAAGUCCUCGAUUUGAACGCAGCUCAUGCGAAUAAUGGUAUCGAAGGCGCCAGCAACCUCUUCUACUAUCUAUUUGAUGACUGGCGGGCUGUCUACGCAACCGUGGCCUUCUUCAAGAAGAGCUUGCAAGAGCUUGAAACCUCAAUAUUCGAAGAGAUGACAAGAAAGUCCAACAAAGGUCCUGACACCAGGAUUAUUCCUCAUCUCCAUUUCCUCAGCAAGAGUAUUCGUCAAAUGCAGCAUUUGUACAAAGGUUAUAACAAUCUCAUAACUAGAAUUCUUGAACCCAAACCUUCUUCUACAUGGGACGCUGGCACACCCGAUGGCUCAUUCAUAGCUCAAACCGGGAGAAGUGGUGUCAAACUUGCAGCGUCCGCUAGUCAGAGGUUUGAAAGACUGGGCGAUCGUUUGCAAUUGCUGAUUCUGAGCGAAACUGGAGAAUUUCUGGCUGAAAAGGAUGCACUCAGUAACACUUAUUUCAACAUCAAUUCCCAGAAAGACUCGCAAGCUACUGCACGUCUGAAUCGCUCGGCAACCCUGCUCGCCAAGCUCUCAGUUCUAUUUCUUCCCGUCUCACUCAUGACGUCUUAUUUCUCUACGCAGCUCAGAAACAUCGAUGACAAAUACUCGCUUGACGAUUAUUGGAUCGGCUUUGGGGUAGUGGUAUCUGCGUCAUUUGUCUGCUUGUUCUUCUUCAGCAAGCUGUUGAUGUGGGUAACAGAGACGUUGGAUAUAUGGGCGAAGAACUUGGGAAAGUCUUCUAGGCAUCUUUUUGUCAGUUGUUUGAGGAGUUUUGAGAGAAGGAAGAUUAAAACUAAAGGGGAGGGGCCAGUUAAUGAUAAAGAUGAUGAUGAUAUAGAAGAUGAUUGA